CACGCCUCCCACCACGCUCACCACGACCUCAUCCUCUCGCGCCCCGUCCCUGCGCCCGAACGACGCGUGUGGACGCCCCUUCCAGAGAAGCAUGAUAUAAAUCGACAUUCUGCUGCGGCUUUGGACGCUGUCGAGAGGGAGAUUACGACUACACGAUCAUGUCCGACGACCCCGAAUUCUCGUCCCUGGACGAGGAGGCCUGGAAGGCCCAGGCUGCCGCCGACAGCCGCGAGAUUUCACGUCUGCUUGAACAGAGCCAGGACGGCGGAUCCAGCGGCGGCGGUCUCAAGCUCGACGACACACCAUUCGACCAAACCAACAAGGCCGACGAUGCGGAGGAUUUUGAGGACAUCAGCGACGAUGACCUUCCCGAAGAGGAGGAGCCCAGCGCGGGCGCCUCCAUGGAGAUGCCGGGGCUGACAGACGACGGCGGAACCAGCAACGACGCGGAUGACUUGUUUGGCGAAGGCGCAUCCUCUCCGAUUGAUCCCAUCCUCGGACCUCCCUCGCCCGCACCUCACGUACGCGAUGCCGACGGCGGCGAAGACACUCAGCCAAUGGACAUGGGACUCAGCUUCCCCGGCAUCAACUUCGACCCCGAACCUCACCUGAACGGCGCGAACCAAGACCCCGACAUCCCCGCCCCCGCCGAAACGGUCGAAGAUCUUCUGAAGGCCACCUGGCCAGCGUUCAAGAAGGGUUACGUUCUGACCUGGAGCGAGCUGCUGCCUGCAAAGAAGGCGACCUGGAAGGAAAAGAAGCCGACAAAGAAACCCAAACACCUUGUUACCAGCAAACUCAACCUUGACCUUGCCCCCGACCAGGAGAAGCUCUUCCGAAUUCCCGGCGCAGCCACAUCUGCUCGCAAGAAGGCGCAAGAAGCUGAAGCUCGGGGACUUGUGCCGUGUGGACAGAGCCAGGCCGAGCAAGCCGGCGACACCGUCCAGUUCGACGUCGACCAGGAAUCCGAUACCGAGACGAUCGCAGGGUUCACCCUUCGUGACAUCGAGCUGGCCUGCGAGGACUGGGGCGUGCACAUCAACACGGUGGAGGCGGAUUUCAAAGCCCUCCAAGCCGCUGAGCAGGAGCAGCUCCAGUCCAAGCACCGCCACGCCGAGGAACAGGAUGAUGAAUGGGAUGCGGAGUUUUUGAUGGACAUGGACGAUACUCAACAACGCCCGAAGAAGCGCAAGGCCAUUAAGCUCGGCCUGCCCGAGAUUCCACGUUACGCAGCUCCCAGUUUCGACAACUUUGAGGAUGCGACGCGCCGAGGCGCCAAGCGUGUCCAUUUGGACAUGAGCGACCCAUACCUUCUCUUGGAGACCCAGGACUUCCAGCGGGCCGCGAAGAGGCCCCGCCAGGAGACGAAGCUGAAGCGCAUGGCCAACGGCAAUCUGGGCCGGGAUGUUUCGCAACGAUUCAACAUUUCGAACGACGAAGCAUACGAAGCGCUGAAGGAGAACCAUCAGAGCAAGGUCCGCGCGACUCUUGGCAACAUCUCGGUCGAACACAGUAUGCCUGCCAUCAAGCUCUCAUGGCCGUACUACAAGGUUAAGCUGGGCGGUACGACUGAUGAGUAUCAUCGCCCUCGCUUCAGAUAUAAGAAAUUUGCUGGUCAUGUCAUUAAAUUUGACAAGCCCAAUCACCACAAGCGGAAGCAGAUGAAGGGCAAGGCACACGAAGUUUUCCUGAAAUCCAAGGAUCUCAGCAUCAACGACAACUCCACCGCUGUCCUUUUCGAGUACUGCGAACAGCGACCACGAGUACUCAGCAACUUCGGCAUGGGCAACCGUUUGAUCAACUACUACCGAAGAAAGGACACAACCGAAGACGACCAGCUGCCGAAACAAGAACUGGGCGAGUAUCGUAUGCUACUUCCCGAGGAUCGAUCUCCAUUCUCCCUGUUCGGAACCGUCGACUCUGGUGAGACUGUGCCGACCUUGCACAAUGAGAUGUACCGCGCACCCGUCUUCAAGCACACCCCCCGCAACACCGAUUUCCUUGUUGUGCGAAGCAGUACAGGCGAGUAUGGGUCAAAAUGGUUCCUUCACAAGAUCGAUCACAUGCACGUGGUAGGGCAGCAGUUCCCGUCGGUCGAGGUCCCUGGGCCCCAUAGCAGAAAGGUCACCAACGCUUCAAAGAACCGAAUGAAGAUGCUGGCGUUCCGCAUGAUCCGACAUAGCGCGACGGACAAUUGUCAAUUAUCGGACAUCACUAAGCACAUUGCUGAGUCGACCGACACUCAAAAUCGACAGAAAUUGAAGGAGUUUCUUCAGUAUGAUCGAGAGAGUGGCGAGAAGGGCAUGUGGCGUCUCAAGCCUGGAGAAGUUCUCCCCGAUGAGAGUUCGGUUCGAUCCAUGAUCAAGCCGGAGGAGGUGUCUUUACUUGAUGCCAUGCAGCUUGGUAUCAAGGAACUGGAGGAUGCCGGCUACGACCCUCGAAACGCCAACAUCGAUGACGACGUCCAGGUCCAGGAACAGGAUGGCGAAGAGGAAGAUGCCGAAGACGACAGCAGCAGAGUUGCCAAGGGAGCCAAGAAAGCGCCAGAGAAGCAGGAAGAGACCCUUGCCGACAAGAUGGCCCCAUGGAAGACGACGAAAGCCUUCAUUGACGCCUGUGCCCAGAAAGCCAUGCUUCAACUUCACGGCGAAGGAGACCCUACAGGUCAUGGCCUUGGUUUCAGUUUCAUUCGGACGUCUAUGAAGGGUGGAUACAUCGAGGCAGUCCAGGGACCCCUAGCCACCUCUGCAGAUGCCAUGGAACGCGAGAAGAGAGCCAACGGUGGCCACGCUUACAAUGUCAAGAAGCAACAGGCAAUGUACGAAGAGGGCAUCCGCGAGAUUUGGGAGAAGCAGAAGUCGACACUCUCUGACCACCAGGAGCAUGACGAUAAGGACGUUGCAGUGACAGAGGACGAAGACGACAGGUUCAACGUUCAGUCAGCCGCCACGCCCGCCCAGUUCGAUGACGGGACCAGCCAAAUUAGUGGUUUGACUUCGUCCAGCCGCCACCCCAAGCGCGCGAUCCGCAUCACCCGCGAUUUCCGGAUGGCAGAUGGUAGUAUCCAAAGCCGAAUCGAGCUCGUUCACGAUCCAGUCGUAAUCUCGCAGUAUAUGAAGCGGCGAACAGAGGCGGACAUUGAAUCGAAAGACAUCUACGCGUCCCGACCUACGGGUAAUGCCGACCACGACCGUCUUGCGAAUAUUAGAAUCAGAAAGGAACUCGAAAGACUCGAGAAGAACAAGGCACGACGACAAGCCCGAGAGCAGCAGAAGGAGCUGCAUCACAAAGCUAGCGCUGGCGACGCCGGGUCCCCCAAGGUUUCCGGCGCGGAAAAGAUCCCUACCGGAACCACCCGAAAGUGUGCCAAUUGUGGACAGGUCGGGCAUAUCAAGACCAACAAGAAGUAUGAAUUCCCCUUUUUCACCACCCCCUCGCUUGUCGUUUGAUUGGUGGAGUUGCCAAGUGGAAGAUGAACCGAAAGGUGGAAGAAAGCGGAAGAGCGUCCUCCUGCAGAGCCUCGAGAAGAGUGAUGCAGAAUCUCGCAAGAAGGCGCAACUGCUAGCAAAGCAGGAGCAAGCCGCGGCCCGUGAACGGACCAAGGCGAGCAACGCUGCGAAGAAACAAGCAGAGGAAGAGCGCCGCGCAGCGGAGGGGAAGAGAAAAGAAGAGGAGAGGGUGGCAAAGAAAAGAGAGAAAGAAGAGGAGAAAGCCGCAAA